UGCGAAACGAGAAGAGCAAGAUGGCGGCUGCCACUGCGCGGCAAAUUCCAGUCGUCAAUAACGUGAUAACCGAUGAAGACUUAGACAAUUUUCGCACCGAGGGAAAGGUAAGUAUGUUGGAGAUGUAAAAAGAUCGGAAAAGAUUGAAAACAGUGCAAAGUAAGUUGUUAUUUUUGCAGCAUUCUGGCCGACUUGUUCCAGUCAGUGUCAUCAAAACACACAAACUUCUUACAGACAAGCACUCGGUGAGUCCUCGUGCACUUCUUUAGUCCUUUAGAGAUGUUUACGUGUCAACUGCUUCGCUCUUCAUGACUUUCAAUCGCUAAAAUUUUCGUGUAAUAAAAGGAACUCUCGUACAAGAUAACAUAAUGUUUAAGCUAAUCUUUAUCAGCUGUGUACGGUGAAUUCAGUGUAACUGCAUUUGAUUUUAGAGAGAACUGGUCGAUCGCCAUGUGAGAGCCAUCCAUCGUCUCACCAAAUACUACUGUCAUGGAUUUGUAUCCUUCAUUGCAAAAUAAGUGAACGAGUUACUUGCACAUUGGAAAAUUUCUCACCGUGAUUAACUGCUAUUAACCAUUAUCAAGUCCAUGACAUACAAUCUUCAUGUCAGUGCGCUUUGCACAAAACUAUUAUGUAUGAUGUGUUCAGUUUCAUACUUUUCAGAUUUAACGUGGGUGAUCUAAUGUGUGAUAUGGUUCAGUUUCAAAAUACAUUUAGAGAGAGUUUGAAAAGGUUAAAAUUGGAUGACGCUGUGGAUGAAUGCAGAUCUCUAUUCCAGACCCUUACUCAAGACUGACUUUUAAAAUUGUGUACAGCAUUAACAACAAGAGUUAUUUAUAAAACCCUUUAAUGUGUGUCUCUGAAAUGCAUAUAGACUACACUUAGCAGAAACUCAUACUCUAUUGAAGACUUCCAGUUGUGAAAGACAUCCUUGUCAAGAAAAAUGUAUAUCCUGUUUAAGAUUCAGGAGCCUGAAAAGAGGGUAGCAAAAGGGGGGGGGUGGGUGAGGAGGAGUCCUGAUUCUGUUUCACACUCAAAUUUUUAGAAAAAUCCAUGUCAUUUUUACAUCAAACAGUAUUUCAUGUGUUACAAAUUAAAAAGUGUACACUUCAAAUCUCAUGUUACCCCCCCCUUGCCUUUCUGUAAGAUUCACACUUCAUGCAUUACUUUCAGGCUUAAUCAAGCAUCAUGUACAAGCCCUUUUCUACCCUCUGAAAACGAUGUCCUGUUUUGGUGCCACACCCCCCUUCCCUCCUCCCCUCCCUUCCCUCUGCCCACCCCCCUCCCAUCUUCAUUUUCAGAUAGUUCCCCUAAAGCUUGUAGAGAUAUGGAACCCUUGGUUUUCAAAAGAGACAAUAACAACAGUAAAGUCAUUCUGAUAAUAGACUCACACUUGGAACAUGGGCCAAUUUUCAAAUGUUAAUAUUACCUCCUCAUUCAUGCACAAGAUGACUUGUGGUUAUUGAACUUAACAUUAUCCAACAACAGCUUAUGAAAGAUGUGGAGUUGGUGUGUGAUAUGCUCACAGUUUGUAGAGAAAGACUGGAGACAAACCUUCAGUAUGAGAAACCUCUAUGUGACUUGAUUAAAGUCUGUGGGUGAGUAAUUGACUACUUACUUUGAGUUCUACAAAUUUUCAUGACUAAGAACACAACACAAUGAACCCAGCUGAGCUCAACCCAAGACCUCUUGAUCAGAAAUCUAUUCUGUUAACCACUUGGUCAACACAUAUCUUAAAGUCAUAGUACUUCCUCCAUUGUUAUAAAAGUUAAUGACUGCUCAGACAAAAAGUCAGCUAUUAGUUCUUUAAUGUUUAUUGAUAAAGGAUUUUUUUUUUUUCAUCUUUAUCAAUUUGCAGCAAGCCAUUUUUGAAGGAAAGAUCUUCAGAUGACUCUUCACAUGCUAGUGCUAUUAUUAACCUUCUCACUGAGCUAGGUAGGAAUAUAACAUUUUUAUGAAAGUACAGUGUUAGCGAGAUGUUAACAACAAAAAGUAAUGGUUAGGUCUGCUAUUGCUCACCUUUCUAAAAGUCUCUAUGUAGAGAUUUUGUUGGAAAGUAGCUAUUGCAAAUAAAGACUUUGUAAUAGAUUAUGGAAAUUAUUUUCACUUUGAGGUACAAACAGCUGAAAGGCAGUAAGUUGCUGUUUUCCACUUGCUGCAAAGAUCAUCCUUACUCUCUGUUACUCUUCUGAUUGCUCUAGAAUUUAAAUAUGGAAUUCAAAAAAAUUCUUGAUUUAAUCCUGUUUGAUUUCAGGGCACACAAUGAAAAUAAACAAUGUUACUGCUCAGCUUCAGUUAGGAGAAUCGUUGUUAAGGUUUUACACUGACCAGUCAUUAGAGAACCAAAGUUUUGAAGGUAAAAUUUGACAUCUACCUCAUUUUUUUUUAAAUAUGCUAUUUAACAAAUAGAUUCUAUGCUGUUAUGCUUCUCUUUAAUCAUAUAUUGCAGCUGAUGAUGCCAAAAUCUGUCUCUGAUGAGGUUAUCACAUUUUGAAAACAUACAUGUUUGGUCUCCUUAAUUUAUUGCUAUACAUUUUUUGUAUUAUAUGUGAGUAAUUAAUCAUUUUCAAGGUUAAUGAAUCUGCAAAUGUUUUACAACUGUUUCUGAACAAUAGGCUACCAAGCAUCAUCACUGUCUUACAACAUAACUUUGGUGGAAAGAAGUGGAGUGGCCAGAGCACUUGUUGAGGUCAGAUGCCUUUCAUUUGUCUUUACUUUGUCAAUGAAAAUCAUAUAUCAUUUGAAACUGUUCUCAAAGUCCUAGUAAGGGCUGCAGAAAUAUUUUGAUAACAUUUUGUUACAUUCUCAGAGUUUGGAGCAAGUUGAGGACCUGAAUGCGAGACUUGAAAUCAUGAAAGUGCUGCAGUGUUAUUCAACUUCAGGUAUUAUUUUAAUUAUAUUAUUGUUGUAUUGUUCGACAAAAACCAGUUAUGGAGGGCUGUUUAUUACUGCCUUUAACCCUUUAACCCUUUUGCUCCCAAGAUCUAAUUAGUAAUUCUCCUUACUAUCUGCCAUACUAUUCUUAUGAUGUUAGUUCAGAGAAUUUGGUAUUGGAUCAACUAAUAAUUCCAUAAUUCAUAUUCUUCUCUAUUCUCAUCACCUGCCUGCUUGAUAUUGUAUUGAUAUUGUUAGGAGAAAUUCUGUCUUGGUCACUUAUGGGAGUGAAAUGGUUAAAUCCCAAUGUCUGAUUGUUAAUUCUUUCCUCCAGCUGCUGCGGACUUCCUUGUAAAUUAGUUACAAGAAUUUUGGUGUUAGAUCAAGACACCAACAUUUAUUGAUAAGUUUGAUUAUUCUCAUUACCUGUUAGCUGGAUAAUGUAAGGUUAUAAUAGCAAGAAGUUACAUGUUAAUCACUUGUGGGAGUUAAGGGUUGAGACCGCUUCCCACCAUCUGUUUAACCAGUGAGAAGGCUCUGGUGUUUGGAUUUUGACUGACUUCUACUGUUUGGGCACAGCUGCCUGUUACAUCACUGGCAGCUGUUGAUGGAAAAAAGUCAUCAAAAGCCAGGAUGUUAAGUUAUUAGUGGAAGUUGCUUCCCCAGAACUACACGAGUAACAAAUCACUUUUGUAGAACCUGAUUACUUUGUUGUUGUUGUUUUUGUUCCAUUUGGCUCUUUUAACCCCAAACUUUGGGAUGGCAGCCCUCUAUAGUAUUGUUGAAGAAUUUACAUGACCAUUUUUGGAAUAGAUAAGCCAUCCUUCAGAAGUGGGGCAUUAUUUAGUGUAAAUGAGAUCAUUCCUCCUUUUGUUUACAGCGUUGAAUUGUGACGAUAUGCUGUCAGUUGGUGCAGCUGGAUUGUUGUGCAGUGGAAUCAAUAUCCCAGACCCAUCUGAUAGGUAAUAUGACCAUUUUUCUUGUUUUUAGUUGCUUGUAAAUAAAUGUUGUUUGGUUUGUUCCUUUGUUUUAACCCUGUGAACAAAAUUUUUUUUACAAAAAAAAUAUUUUAGCUGAUGCAUUGUUUUCUGUUGUCACAGGAUUGUUUUCCGAACUGUUGAAAUUCUCUGGAAUUUGCUAGAAUUUGGUUCUAAACAGGAGGUAAGUUUAUAAGUUACUUAAAGCACAAUUGGGCACAAAGUAAAAAAUUUCAAGUCCCAUAGGGCGUGUUCUUAGUUCAUGUAGCUACAUUCUUUUCAGGCAUCAAAGUUCCCAUAUUAUUCCAGCCUGUUAUAUUCACACAACUUCCCCUUUCCUCAAAAGAAGUUAGGUUAGAUGUAGUGAUGGUAUGAUAAUGGAAUAUCUAUAUUUCUUUUUAGGUUGUGCGUCAGCUCAAUUGCAAAGAGUGCAUAAGGUAUGUAAAACCAUGCUACAUAAGUUAUAAUGUGCAUGGGAUGUAGGUGUAAUUACAACUCAAAGUUAUAUUUGGUAUUGCUAUGUUUGCAUGUUUAUGAUUGGUUCGACCUCAAAACCUUAAUUUCUUCUCAUCUCUGAUGCUCUGUUUGAAUUGUUCUUGCAGUGCAUUGAGAGAUGCCUUUGUUAGGCAGAUUAAGGAUGGCUACAGUCUUGCUGAUAAACAGCUGAGGUAAACAUAUCUGUCCCCUUAGUCUAUAUACAACAAGGAAAAAUGAAUUUAAAGUUAGCUUAUGAGCCAGAACACCCAUCUUCUCAGAGCUCAUCCAGGUGUCUACAGAAUGAAGUGAGGAGGAGUAUGCCUUUUCCCCUUAUAAUGGGAUGCCAAGUUAUCACAAAGGUCACUGCAAAUGUUAUCCUGGACUACCAAGACUGCUCCACCCCUCCCCCUACCUUUUUGAGGUAUCCAAGAAAGUUUUGUGGCAUCCUUUUAAACACCUUGGUGGAGGAAGACACCUGGGGGAUUUGUCACUGGAACUGUUCUGUAAUAUUUGCAUAGAGUAGUUAUUGUUGAAGUUUUCAUUAAGUGCUGAAGAAUAUUUAGGAGUAAAUUUACUUCUAUCUGUAUUUCAAUUCUGAUCCAUUUGUUACUUUUAAUUUAGAAAUGAUUUAUUGGUGAUUGCCUCUUUGAUAGUGUCUCUCUGCCCAACCUCUCCUUUCAUGGUGAGUUCAUUAAGAAGAAAAAAAGUACAACUUUGAAGCUUUUUAUGUCUUUUAACAUUAUACUGAUCUACUUGUAUAAUGACAUUCUCAAGUUCUUGUUUUUGUUCCCUCUUAUGAAAUAUCCAACUGAUGUAACUGAUGUAGUUUCUGGAGUGGUCUGUCCACUUUUGUAUUUGCCACAUGAGAUCAGUAUUGGAACAUUUAUGUCAACAUACACUCAUUUAUUUGUUUUUAUUGUAGGAAACUGGCUUUACAAAGCUGAUAGUUCUGCUUGCAACAUUCACUGAGGGUAACUACAGACAAUUCUUGUUCACCUUUGACAAUAUUUGUAGUAGAUGACAUCUUUUAAUAAAAUAAACCUGUUUGAGUUUGUUUUGGUUCUCUUCCUUCCUCAAAAUGUUUUUCUUAGGGUUCUCUCUUCUUACUCUUUCCACUAAAACAAUCACUCAAAAUUCCAAUUUCAAUUUGAAAAGAGUCAGUAAAGACCAACUCAAAGGUUGUGAUGCUACUAAAUUCACAUUUAUUUCAUUUUUGCUUCCUAGUAUUUAUUAAUAAAAUCAAAGAGAUACUUGCAGACAAUUCAGUUUUUUUUUUAAAGUAAACUUGGCGAAGUAAAAGAGAAUUCAGAAGUGUAUUUAGGACAGCACAACAUGUUUAAAGAUCCCUCCAUUUCAUGAUCAAAUGGAAACCCAGGUGUGCAAUUUAGCAGGUUCCCUUUUAGCACUUGUACAAUUUUUAUCUCUUGUUUGAGGAAUGAGUCAAUUUUAUAGUCAGCAUCAUUCAUAUUGUCUGUUUCUUGGAUCAAAUUUAGUUAAAAGUCAUCAUGAUUUAGUGAGGAAUCUCAAGCUCUACCAGGUAAGCUUUAAUGUUGUAGAGCAGAAACUGCCACUAAAGUGUGUCAUUGUUACAGUAUUUUGAAAAAUGACAGAAGUAGUUUACAUGUAAAAUAAUACUGUUCUUGGUAGAAAUAGCAAGAAAUUCCAAGUGUUAGCAGGGUGGCCUAUGUUGUAUGAGCCAAAACAUCUCGCACAAUUUUGGACUCCUUCAUUAAAGAUCUAAUAAAGUGAUAGUAACAGUGAUACAGCAACAAAGCAUCUUAGCAAAACAUUUGGAGUUUUUUGACAGAACAUAACAAAAUAUAGGACUGGUGAAGACUGUAAUUUCCAUACAAACUGCUCUUCAAGUGAUACUAAGACUUGCUCAACUUUUUGCAGGAGUAGCUUAAGUCAAGUAUCUAAAGAGUGUCAUAUUGUGCCAUCCAACUUAAAUGAUAAAAAAGUCCACACAAGUUGAAUUGUAACAAUCAAACAUAUGAGCACACUAUUAGAUAUUGUAGAUGUACAAAGUCAGAUGCUCAGUACCAAGAACUUAUUGACACAGUGGAUAGGCCAGAAAGGAAAGUGUGUGUCUAAGGCUCAAGGUCAUGAUGUACUGACUGAACACAGUUAAAGCCAAAUGUAUUUGUGUCUGGCUCAACGUAAUUAAAUCAAUAAGCAUUUUACAAUAUAAUUCUCUUUGUCUUUUUAAAUUUUCAUUGCAUCUCAUAGGCACCUUUUUGGGGUUGUUUGACUUUUAAUGCCCUGCCUGUGCCAUCAUGUGCUUCCCUCUUAUGGGUUUCUUUCCAAUCUUUUUCCAUAAAAAGUGUGCAAAGGGGCUGUAGGUCACAAGUAAAUUAAAGAAACUCUAAUAAAUAUGAUUGUGUUGUUAUCUGUUAGACUCAUGAAGAUUUUGAGUUCAAGAAGCUGUUAAUGAGCACAUUGGUGUUGCUGAGUGCUGAUUCUGGAAGCUCUCAGGUAACAAUAAAAAAUCAUAUGGAGAUCAUGGAAUUGAUGGUGUGGUUUACAAAUUUUAUUUUGAUUUAACUCACUGAAUAUGUUGCCCCCAACAGGCUUUUUUAACCUAACUUUUAUUACAUUUGUCAGAUUUUUUGUGAGGGUCGCGUGAUUUUGUCAUUGUUCUCUUUUGUACGAGCAAAUGACAACAGCUCAACUGUGGAGUGGUCCCCUGCACAGUUUGAGGAGCUGCAGUUACAGGUACAAUUGCAUCAAAAAAUAUUCCAAGUAGUGCUAUUGGUUAAAGUUAGUAUUCAUUUGUUAACUUGAAGUCUCUAUUGUGAGAGUUAGAAGACUAGAUGAGGACCUCAGUGGAGAUGUCAGUAAUGGAAUUUUUGCAGUCCGCCUCUGAGCGGCUGAUCACAAUGUGAGACUAGCAAAAAAUUCUUAUGUUUUUGUUUCCAGGCCUUAGACACCCUAAGCACUGUGGCUCCUUUGUGUUUGGACGAUUACAUGACUUGUCAGAGUAACACCAGAUUACUUAUGCUUCUGGAAUGGUGUGUGGGAGAAGGUAAGCACUGUUUGAUUUUUAGCUUUGUAUGCAUAUUGCUCCAAUCGCUCUGACGAAGGGCUAACGCUCGAAACGUCAGCUUUUUUACCCUUUACGGUGGCUAAUUUACGUUUUCAACUCAGUUGUGAACACUAAAUUACCUGCUAUACUCUCCCACCGACGCAGCGCCACAGUUUCUUUACCCCUUUAUUCAUAUUCCAUUUAGUUAUGUUAUGUAAACAUUUUUUAAGUUUUUUUCAUAUUGUGUACGAUUGAAGGGAAGUCUCAAAAUAUUGACGCGCAAAAAUUACUGAAUUUUGAACUGUUUUACAAAUGAUUUCUUAUCUUUUCCAUAAGCUGACUAUGGUGGCCAUGGCAACAGUUUCCAUGGUUCUGGUGGCCGUGGCAACAAACGAGCCCAGAUGCGGUAUUGUUUGCGGCUGAUGAGGAGCAUGGUGUCAGUAGGAGAUGACGGCUUGAAUCAAGAUCUUGUAGAUCAAGGAGCUAUCAAUCAGAUUAUUGGUAGGUACUGUGAUUUUUUAAGUGGCCUGAGAAGGGGCGGUUGAGGUGACAAACGCCAUUUUAUUGUGUUCUUGGGUUAGAUCCUUCACUAUCACAGUACCUCUCUGCUAGGAGAUCUAUGACGGACUAGCAUCCCAUUUUCAAAGGGUAGAUCGCUAUCCCACUGAUUAAUCACAAGUGUUCACAAAACGUACUGCGUUAUCCACAGGAAAGAGACUUAUCCAGUUGAUAGCGUUAUUCAUCCUUUGAACAACCGGGGUUCGGAGGAUAGUGCAGUACGUUUUCUUUACACAUUUCAGUUGGGAAGUGAUUUAUCCUUGGGAUAGCAAAUUGUCCGUGGAUGGCGAUUUAUUCGUGGGAUAGCGUUAUCCACUCUUUUUAAGACUGGGCCCUACAUACUUAGAUUCAUCCACUGGAUAGUGUCAUUCACACUUCGAAUACCGGUGCCUGGAGGAUUUGUGAUACUCUUUGUCACUCAACUCCAUGGAAACGGGGACUGACUGUCUUAACCAGAAGCUACCCGAAAUAACUUUUAUCUCAAACUAAUAAACGAUUUUGCUACAAAUCGCAGGAAUACUUCUCAAUGCCAGCACCAGCCCUGAUGAGAAUGAUGCUAUUGACAUUGAGAUGCAGUGUGAUAUGUUGUUCCUUGUGGCGUCUCUUUGUGAAGGAGAUACUCACAGGAAGGUAAUAAUUGUAAAAAAAACGAUUGAGUGAAUGCCAUCAUGACAGAGGUAAUUGGUAAUUUCGGUUUGAGCCACUAAUAAGAGACUUGUAGCUGUAGAUUUUCAUCUUUUUUAUUUCACAACAGCGUUCCUGAUCUCCUAAAAGCGAUACCAAUGAUUCCCUUAAACUUGAAGAAAGUGAGGUGGACGCGCUGAAGUACACAGCAAUUCAAAGGAAUUCUUUUUAUUACUUUUCUAAGUCGAGGGAAUUUAUUUUGAGGCUUCAGUGUAGACUAUAACUGCUGCGUACAUCAGCUCGUCUUCUCUAUUGAAGUUGAGGUGUCGAAAUCUUUUCCCGGGCGGGUUAUUGCGCAUGUAUUAUAAUAUUUUUGGUUGUCGUUAUUGUUUGAUGCAAAAACGCUUAAAAGAAGGUUCGAAAAUCCUUAAUCAAAAGAGUGAAGCAACUAAUUUAGUUUGGUGGAAUAGUAAUUUACUCAGGCCAACCUAAGAAACAUUUCUUAUUCCUUGUAGGAGCUAUUUGGUGCCCAAGGAGUCCAAGUGUUGGUAGAAUAUCUGAAGAGAGAUCCUAACAAGAUUAACAGUCCGCUGGGGCAUCAUCAGCUUCUUUUAUCCGCGGUGGACUCUGUGUGGUAAGAACAAACAGUGAUUGAGUUAUUUCUAGAAUAGAUGUUGGAACAAUUUUAAAGUUAUGCGUCGCACGCAAACCAGGAUUGCAUUGAUUUUACCCAACUACGCUCUAUGAUUAGUUUAAAAAACUCGUGCCUGGCUCUUAACCAAUCAGUUGCAAAACGAAAGCUUACCGUGUCAUGGUCACUCACGCUUUCCCGUGCUUAAGCCAGAAUCUUAACCAAUCAGAUGCAAAACAAAAACCAGCCGCGUCUUAGUAACUCAUGUUUUCCCGCGUUUUACUAAGACGCGGUUUGCAGUUUUAGGCAGUUUUCACGUUUUUUCUAGUUCAUAAUGGAUUCUUGUGGUAUUUUGGUUUUGGUUUUACGGCACCCUCUAAUCCCCGUUUUGUUGUUUCGUUUGUCCCCAGGUCUGCUGUGUUGGGAUGUUACAUAACUGAACAACUGUUUCUUGAAAAUGAUGGAGUUUUUCAUCUCAUGGAUUUAUUAGAAGUACUUAACAACAGUUUUUUUCGAAGAUAAUAGCUGAGAUUGUUUAGUACUAUUAUCAGCAGAUUACACCCAUGACCUCGUACACCGGUGUAGUGCUCAUACACCAACUGUCUACUUGUCGGAUUAGUAUUGAGGUUCGAAAUGCACUAAUGAGAGUGCACCAAAACACACCAAUCGUAGCUAAAUACCAUGCUGAAUUAAUUAGCAACAUGUGAUCAUUCAACCCUCUUGACUGAUGAAGACAAGCUGUAGAGCAGUCGGAACGCUUUGAUCCUCAAUUUAUGGCUUGUCUCUGCAAUGACAAGUGACUUAAUAUCGUGAGACAAAACGUUCGUUUGUCUUUGUAACUGCGACGAACUAACACAGAUUUCGAAACAUGGGAGAUGAUUUAGAUGGUAGGAUCUUAAUUUUGACUGAAUUCACAUAAUUGUGCGGCAGAGAAAGAAAAAAAAUAACUCAGUUUACGUUGUGAAUUUUUUGACAGUUUUUGAAUCGUGGUACUGAAAUUAAUUUAGCCCUAAAGCACAACUUACUGUGUUAGUUUACAUAGUUAAAACUAAUAAUUAUUUACUUACCUCAGAUAUGUCCACUGACAAUGCAGAAUCUGGUGCUGGGAUGUUUGGUGGAUCUCUGUGAGAAUUCUAAGGUUAGAUAUUAUGUUAUCCAUUCCUAGCUGAUAAAACGCUCUUUUCCUCUAAGAUCUAAUGCCAUUAACGAAUCUAUAUCUUUUUCGUCAUUUCCUCAUUUCGUCAUUUCUUCCUCUCUCCCUCUGAAUUCUAAAUUGGAUCCUUAUUUUCUCUUUCUUAGAAGUAAUCAAGAUCGGCGAUAUUCCACUCUUUCCCCCCCCUUCCCCGUUCCUUGAACAUGUAAACAUAGUUUACGAGCAGUUUCUCCUUUAAGCGCGCCGUGCGAACUCUAGGAUUUUUGUGCACCGCACUCCCAGAGUUCCGCGCGGCGAGCUAACAUCAAUUUUUUUUUCGUUGUAUUUUUUUUUUUCGUUGUAUUUUUUUGACUCGCCUGACGGACUUCGCCAAAAGGGAGGGACCGCUCGUAAUCUAAAGUAAACUGUGUUUCAGUACUAGCAAAGAAAUAUAAUCUGUUUCAGUAACUUUUAUUUUAUCGUAUGAAAUUCGUAAUAGACCUCGCUCUCCGUAGAUUCUCAGUGGUAGAGCAUCGGAGCGCGGAAUCCGAAGAUAUGAGGUUCGAUUCCUCAUUGGGACUUAGAAUUUUUCCUUUGUCCCACGCUCGUGACAAGACGAAAAACAUCCUUCUCUGUUUCUUUGCUAAGCUCAAAACCAACUAUCUCUCUUAUUCUAACUUUAUUUGUUAGAAAAUCCGACGACUAUACACUCAUAAACAUCCCGGCCCCGGUUGUUCGAAGGUCGGAUGACGCUAUCCACAGGAUAAAUCUUUAUCCGGAGGAUAACGCUCUACGUUUUGUCAUCACUUAUCUGCUGGAUAGCGAUUUAUCCGUUGGAUAGCGUUAUGCGCCCUUCAAACAACUGGGUCCUGAUUCUUAUAUUUUGUUCCUUCAGGCUCUGGCACAUGUUCAGUCCUGGCGCGGUAAGAAGCAGAUUACAGCCGGUAAAUUAUUGGUGGAAUUGUGGAAGAAAGAGGAAGCAAACAUGGGUGUGGCUAGGGAUAAAAUUGGCAAAGUAACGGGUAACUACCUCUUCACUCUCUUAUCCUUGAUUUACCUUUACGCGCUUGAGGGAGGAUCAAGAAUAUAUUUGAAGCCUGUGCAGGCAGUCAGUUACCGGGAAAGUGCAGGGCGGGCGAGAGAAAAAACGGGGAGAGACUAAGGAGAGGGAAGGAAGAACUCCUUAUUCAAACCCCGCCCAUAUUCUCUCGCUAGCUCACUCGCUCGUCUCUACGAAUGGAGAAAGCCUGGCACUGGCUGAUUCAUUGCGGAUUUAUAGGGACAAAUGACUCAAAGACGAUAGGGGACACAAUUUGCAGUACGCUUCUCGCGUAUGAACUUAGUAUGUGACCUAGCUCAGUGUUAUCGAAUUGUAACUGAACGAAAUAAUUAACUACCAUCGACUAAAAUGAUGACGUAAAUUGGCCACCGUAAAGAGUUUUAAAGCUUAAAACGUUAUCAACUCAGUUGAUGAUACUAAAUUACCCUGUUGUACUCUCCCACCGAUGCAGCACUGUUUCUUUAAAAACUUACCUCCUUUUUUUUUUUCAUUUUUAACUAAACGAGGUAAGCAUUCUCAUGAGGAGCUCAGAUCUUUCUUUGUGAACGGUGCAUCGUCAACUUUUUUUUGAAACUGAAUGUUGCAGAUCUCAAGAAACCUCUUAUGGGCACAGUCCAAGAGCGACAAGGUGUUAUCCCGCUACCUGCCGACCGGCCCAGCCAAGCGAUCGUGGACGUGUCUGAGAACAUGAGAGCUAAGAUUUACUCCAUGUUUUGUAAGCUUGGUGAGUUUUUACUGAUCUAUGGCGUCCUGCGCCCGAGUAUACUAAUGUAGUUAAGUUUCCUAAACGAAUAUGUUUCCCUUUGCGUUCAGGUUUUAACGCAGUUCCUGGUUUAUCAACUGUGGAUUACGUCACAGUGGCAAUAAUUGAAAAAUACCUCGACUUCAAGGUGAGGAUGGACACAUUUUGAUUAAUUGUUUGGUGUCCAGGCCCCAGUUGUUUAGGUCUUUACCAUGGCAGAGUUUAUCGUAUUGCGUUCUUGAGCAAGUUACAUUGCUGUCACAGUGCCUCUCUCCAUUUAGGAGUAUAGAUUGGUAGCGAUGAAAUGUAAGGGAAUCCAGGUCGGGGAGAGGAGGGUAAUCUUGCGAUGGACUGACAUUCCAUUCAAGGGGAGUAGCAAUAAUAAGUUUCUUCGCGUAAGAUUUAAUGAAUCACUAUGGAUAUAUAGUUUUUAAUCCUCAGGAUGGGAUUGGGUUGGAAGAGUUUGUUGAAUAACUGAUGUGAUAUAUGAUCAAUUUGACGUAUUGAUUGACAUUUCUCCUCAGAUGCUUGAAGUGUGGAACGAGAUUAAGGUCGAGCUUGAACAAGAGAACAUCAGACCUGUGUCUCCUGAUGCCGACUGUAUGGUGGAUAUCUCCAGAAUACUGAACGAUAGAGCCGCUGGAGUGUCCAGUACCCAGGUCACUUAGAUAAAACGUAGUAGAGGGAGGGACGGGAAUUUAGGGAGUAGGGAAGGGGCGGGAUUGUUUGGAAGAGGGCACGGGCGACAAGGUGGCCAGAGGGAAUUCAGUAGGGAGAAAGAGGGAGGGGUGGGGAGCUAAGUCAGCCAGGAAGGGGAGGGAAAAUGACUGGCAGGGCUGGGGCUGCAGAGUGUAGGAGGGGUCCAGAACUAAGGACAGUUAUGUUGAGGCAAGAGUGGAAUGUGUCACUGAAUCAACAGGAAAGUGGAGGUGAAUUUAGGAGAUGGAGUGGGAGGGGGGGGUAGGGUGAAAGAGCGGAGUGUCCAGUACUCAGGUCGGUCAUUUUAAAGGUUGGGGGGGGGGGGGGGGGGGGGUGGGGGUUACGGCUGAAUCAGAAACAGGGGCCACAAAGCGGUGGGAGUCAUGUACCCUGGUCAGUCAAGUGGUGGUGGGUGUAGGCAGUGGUAGGUGCAAAAAUGUGUCAGCUGGAAAGUCGAAGGAAAGUCAGUGAUAAAUGUUGUUGUUAUUUUGCCCCGCAGGAUAAACUUAUUCAAGCUCAGCGAAACCAGGAACUUAUUGAAGAGGAGGAGUAUUAUGAAUCAGUGAGUCGUAGUUUUGAUGGAAGUGCCUCGUUGAUCAAGGCCUACUUUCCCAUUUUUUGCGCUGUAUCAAUUUAUUUUCUUAUUUUAUUUUAUUUUAUAACAACUUUAUUUACAUAAUAACAUAUAUAAUAUAUUAUUAUUAAAAAAGGGUAAUAGAAGGGAGGAACUUAAUCCUCAUUGUAAACUAUACCCCAGAUAUAAAUAUUUAAUACUUUGCAAUAUACAUAUACACAUUGAAACAUUUUACAUACAAGAAUAUAUCUAUGUAAAUAUAAAAUCUAAGUAAAGAAGUCAUAUCUAAGAUAAAAGUUCUGUUGAAAUGAUGAAUAAUUAAAUUUCUCCUUUUCCCUUAAUUUCGCAGAUCAAAGAAAGUCACCGCCAAGAAGAAAAGGCCUAUAAAGACUUUUGUGAUUAUGUCGACAGAACAUCGGACUACGCAGUUCUCAAGGUGAGUAUUGAUUUUAAAUGGACGUUCUGUCUCCUUUACGGCAGUUUAUAUGUUAAACUGUUCGGUAAUUUUUCUGGAGUUUGCAAUGUGACGAGAGAUACAGAGCGCUUUCUUAGACAAUGUCUAAAGUCUGAAAGCAAAAUAAUUACAACGUCCAAUUUGACCAAAGGAAAAUGUCACGAGGAUCCACUAAGAACUCCGUAAAAACAAUCAAACUACCUGAAGCGCGGGAAAACGUGAGUCACUUUGUCGCGAUUGGUUUCAGUUGCAUUUGAUUGGUUUAGACAAAGGCGUGCGUUUUCAGUACCAAUCACAGAGCGCAGUGGUGAUGUUUUGGCGUCUGAGCCACAGGAAUUCUCGUAUUCUAACUUUUUCUUCAUCCUAAAUUUUAUUUUGUUUAAUAUAUUCAGGCUGCAAAAGAGAAGCAGUUGAGCACCAUAGAAGCUUCGAGACUUCAGGGUAGAGUUUAUUCUGGGUAAGAGACAAGUUUUUAUCUCAGUGUUUUUUUUAUCUCAUUGUAUUCGAUGAAAAAUGUCUUUCAGUCGGUAUCUAUUUUUUCUGACAAAGGUCUAAGCAAUAUCAUGGUAGCAAAAACGUCACAGGUGUUUAGCACUGUUUUCUGAUUGGAUGGUAGUAGUCAAAAACCAUUCACAAGCCUCACCGCAAUCUCUCCUCCCAAUGUUCAAAUAUAACGGUUAACCUUUUCCGCUCUCUCUCUUUUCUCCUUUUUUCAGCGAGAUUUCCCACGACACUUUACAAGAAGACCUUAACACAACUGUAAGUAAAUCAUAGGAAAAGAGUGUAAAGUCGAACCUCGAUUAUCCGGACUCGGUGGGACUAGGGUAAAUAGUCCGGAUAAUCGAGAGUCCGGAUAAUCGAAAAUAUGAACAUGAAUGAGACAAUGUAAACAAAAGAAAUAAAGAUAACACAUUUUUAAUUCUAAAAGUUUGCUUCAACAGAUCAGACAUGUUGUCGUUUUGAGUUAUGAUCGUCUCGUGUUUAAUAACCCACGCUAAAAACAAAACAAUACUGAAACAAAUCAAAAUUCAGCUGAAUGCAUUAGAAUAACUUGUCUCUUUUUGUCUCCGAGCGCUCGAUCUUUCGAAAGCGCACUUAAUGCGCUGUUUUAAACGCAAUUUUCCUGACUUUUAACAUAAUUUCUGAAUUUUUUUACCUCCUAAAGUUUUUAACAUCUAAGGUCAUUAAUAUUCAUGAAAAAAACGGGACCAGAGAAAAAGUCCGGAUAAUCGAAAAGUCCGGUUAAUCGAUGUCCGGAUAAUCGAGGUUCGACUGUAUAUUACUUUAGGUCAAACUGAAACAUUCUCUGUCGGUAACUUUACCUGCACUUAUCAGAGGUUAAAAGUUUCUCAGACUUAUUGUCGAAGCAAAAAGCCAGGGUAUAUCCGUGGGGAUCUUGAAGGGGGAGGGAGGGCUCUCACUCAGGACAUCGCCGGGGGGAGGGAAGUAACUUUCAAUGUAAACCCUCUCACCCUCCUGGCCAGUGUUGCGUCAUUUAAGGUUUACUCGUGUUUUUCUCUUCAGACGUUCUGCGGUAGACGAGUAGAAAUCGAAAGUACCCCACUUGACAUAACAAGAACGAUUACAAGUGCGACAACAGCCGACGAGGAAAAGAAAACUCUUGUAGUAGCGGUAAGUGAAAGAAAGGACCAAGGAGAUGUCCUAUCCUAG